AUGGGAGAGCAGGGUGAAGAAAAGGCACAGCCUCAGCAAGCAGAGGAUGGCAUUCCUAGAGCUUUUCCCACGUUUUCCCUGUCUCCUCCUUUCCCAGGUGCCUCCCUGAGCUUGGUGAAUGGUAGAAACCAGUGUGAGGGGCGUGUAGAAAUUUCACACCCUGGGGGCCGGGGCACAGUCUGCGAUGACAGCUGGGACCUGAAGGAUGCCGAGGUUGUGUGCAGGCAGCUGGGAUGUGGCUUUGCUGUUGCUGCAACGUCCAAUGCCUACUUUGGACAAGGCACAGGCAGCAUCUACCUGGACGAUGUGCGCUGCACCGGGAACGAGUCCUCCCUCUUCCAGUGCAGCCACAAUGGCUGGGGUGUCCACAACUGUGUCCACAGUGAAGAUGCUGGUGUUGUCUGCUCAGGUAUCAUUGCUUUUCCUUUGCAAACUUCAGGAGACUUUCAAAAAAGGGUUCUUGUGGAUGCCACAGCCUCCACCACAGAGAGCUUCAUAACAUCCGUUCCUCCAGGUGCCUCCCUGAGCUUGGUGAACGGUAGAAACCAGUGUGAGGGGCGUGUAGAAAUUUCACACCCUGGGGGCCGGGGCACAGUCUGCGAUGACAGCUGGGACCUGAAGGAUGCCGAGGUUGUGUGCAGGCAGCUGGGAUGUGGCUUUGCUGUUGCUGCAACGUCCAAUGCCUACUUUGGACAAGGCACAGGCAGCAUCUACCUGGACGAUGUGCGCUGCACCGGGAACGAGUCCUCCCUCUUCCAGUGCAGCCACAAUGGCUGGGGUGUCCACAACUGUGGCCACAGUGAAGAUGCUGGUGUUGUCUGCUCAGAUGCCACAGCCUCCACCACAGAGAGCUUCAUAACAUCCGUUCCUCCAGGUGCCUCCCUGAGCUUGGUGAAUGGUAGAAACCAGUGUGAGGGGCGUGUAGAAAUUUCACACCCUGGGGGCCGGGGCACAGUCUGCGAUGACAGCUGGGACCUGAAGGAUGCCGAGGUUGUGUGCAGGCAGCUGGGAUGUGGCUUUGCUGUUGCUGCAACGUCCAAUGCCUACUUUGGACAAGGCACAGGCAGUAUCUACCUGGACAAUGUGCGCUGCACCGGGAACGAGUCCUCCCUCUUCCAGUGCAGCCACAAUGGCUGGGGUGUCCACAACUGUGUCCACAGUGAAGAUGCUGGUGUUGUCUGCUCAGAUGCCACAGCCUCCACCACAGAGAGCUUCAUAACAUCCGUUCCUCCAGAGCAGAGACAAGAAAAGGCACAGCCUCAGCAAGCAGAGGAUGGCAUUCCUAGAGGUUUUCACACGUUUUCCCUGUCUCCUCCUUUCCCAGGUGCCUCCCUGAGCCUGGUGAACGGUAGAAACCAGUGUGAGGGGCGUGUAGAAAUUUCACACCCUGGGGGCCGGGGCACAGUCUGCGAUGACAGCUGGGACCUGAAGGAUGCCGAGGUUGUGUGCAGGCAGCUGGGAUGUGGCUUUGCUGUUGCUGCAACAUCCAAUGCCUACUUUGGACAAGGCACAGGCAGUAUCUACCUGGACGAUGUGCGCUGCACCGGGAACGAGUCCUCCCUCUUCCAGUGCAGCCACAAUGGCUGGGGUGUCCACAACUGUGUCCACAGUGAAGAUGCUGGUGUUGUCUGCUCAGAUGCCACAAAUAUUACCAGUGUUCCCACUCCACCUGUGACUACUCCAGCUAAAAAAUAUAUUUGUGGUGGCUUACAUUAUCCAGAUAAUGCAGAUUGUUUGUGGCAAAUACAAGUAGAGAAUAAUUUCCGCAUUACACUCACAUUUAGAAACAUUCAGUUGCAAGGUGGAUGCCAGAAUGACUAUAUUGAGAUUUAUGAUGGGCCACCCAACACUUCUCCUCUGCUUGGAAGAAUUUGUUCUAAUUAUGGUCUUACGUACACAUCAUCGUCCAACUUCAUGGCUGUCAGAUUUCACAGUGACUCCAGGUAUUCCGGUAGAGGGUUUCAUGCUGAGUAUCGGUCCAUUCCAACAGACCAUGCCACCACUCUUGUAUGCUUGUCAACAUACAUGCGCGCAGCAGUGGACAGGCGUUAUCUCCAGUCACAGGGCUAUUCAGUGUGGAACAUCAGCUUGUCUGACCCUUAUUGUAGACCAACAUUUACAUCAACUGAGGUUAUAUUCCACAUUCCAUACAAUGGCUGUGGUACACGUAGACAGGGCAACAACGAAACGAUCACCUACUCCAAUGUGAUAAGAGUGCCUGCUUUCGGUUACAUCAUCAAGAGGCAAAGUGACCUUUACUUGAGUGUCAACUGCAAAAUGCUCCGGAACACCUGGGUACAAGCAAUGUACAUUGCCAAUGACACCAUUAAUGUCAAUGAAAGUCUGUCCCAGUAUGGCAGAUACAGCAUGAACCUGACAUUCUACAAUUCCUCAUCUUUCUUGUGGCCAGUGCAUGACUUCCCAUACUACGUUGACCUGAAUCAGAAUUUGUUCCUUCAAGCUUCCCUUCACAGCUCUGACCCAAAUCUGGCGGUGUUUGUGGACACAUGUGUAGCAUCACCUGAUCCUGACAACUUUAGAACACUGGCUUAUGAAUUGAUCAGAAGUGGGUGCGUCAAGGAUCCUACCUACUCUUCUUACUAUUCACCAUACAGCAGUGUUGCUCGGUUUGCCUUUAAUGCCUUUUCAUUUGUUAAUCGAUACCAAUCAGUUUACCUGCAGUGUGAUCUGGUGGUGUGCAGGGCCUAUGACUACUCUUCCCGCUGCUAUCAAGGUUGUGUUAAUAGAUCCAAGAGGGAUGCAGGCUCUUCCCAGGAAAAAAUGAGUGUUGUUAUUGGACCUGUCCAGCUUCGGGAAGCUCAUGCUGAGAACAGGAAUGCUGAGCUGGCAUCUGACAUCAAGGUGGAAGGGGAGUCUCAGGACCCAGUGACCGCUGCCAGCUCUCACGUUCCUCUGGCUGUGGCUAUUGUGGUGUUGGCUGCUGCUGUUCUCACAGUGGGGGGAUUUCUUUUGAAGCGUAAGCUGCAGGAACCCAUCCCGUACCAGAUAAUGUGAGAGGCACGCCAAGACCUUCCAAGGUGGAAGACCACAUUCAGCAGCCAUCUGCCUCACUGUUUGGUUUUGCAAUCUGUGCAGAGGGUAACUCUCACUUGACUAUUCCACCCAGAUUUUGUUUGAAGGAUCUGUAUCAAGAUUCAGAUUGAAAAUCUGUAUCAAGAGAACACCAAGUCUUACCAUGAGCUGAACCUAUAAAGGAGCCUGGCUUUAAAUAAAGUACAAAUACA